CACGCUCCGAACCGCGAACUCCCAAAACAACAGUGUGCGACCAACCAGAGAGAGAGACCAAAAGGUGUUUGAAGAUCGAUACAGCGGUGCAUCCGGAUCUGUGAUCCGUUUCCGUUUUGCCGGUAGAUUCCGUGCUCGCAUCCGAGACGCCGAAUGAAUCGGUGAAGUCGAUCCGGUGAAUUUUUGCGUGUCCUGCUGCGUGUGUAUGAGAGAAAGUGCCACCGUGUGGGUGGGUGGGUGAGUGUGUGGUUGUGCUUUUGUUUUUUUCUGUGGGUUCGGGUUGGAGAUUUUCCACCCGUUCCACCGUUUAGUGGCGAAAUUUGGCGCGCUCCCGAAGAAAAACGGGUGCUCCAAAACAAAAAAAAGGGGGUGAUUAGAGAGUCAACGACGAGUCAGGCGGGAAAAUUAAGGAAAGGAGAGCGCAUCUUGUUCGAAGUGUUUUCCCCCCCUGGGUGGAUGCGUGCUGUGCGUGCGUGUGAUUGUGUUCCACUUAGUAUCCUAAUCGGAUUACAGUCGCAUCAAACCAGAACCGAUCUACCGAAAUAACUGGCUCCGAUUGUCGUUUGUGCUAGAACAGACAACACAGCGCAAGCAUUUGCAGCCAAGAAAGCAAAGGUUCCCGGGCCGAAGAGCAAAUGCGCUGACCCUUGACCUCAAACACGCUUGACUCGCGGGGUAACCAGCUACCAUCAACUGGAUAUCUGCUUUCUACUGUCUCCUGUGUAUGCCAGUGAAGGACUGACUUUCGAAAAGAUACGAUAUCAAACGAAAUCACCAUCCAACUGGGAUACGGUUGAAAGGAUUCGAAAGACUUCUGGAAGUGAACCACCAUCACCACUCAAACACCGACACCGACCAGGUCAUCGGUAAAAAAAAACUUGAUUCGCGUACAUUUUUCUGCUUCCGUUAUUGCUCAUCGAGGCAAGCGAAGAACCCUAGACACCCGGCCGCGUAUCAGCAUUCGUUUAAAGGGUGCGGUGGGAAAUUAUACGCACCCGAUCCCGUCUCACUCUCUCAUCACCGUGGUGGUUUGACCGUGUUGAAGUGGGUAAAAACCGUCGGGGAAAAGGAUACACCACCGCCGCGUCAGGACGAAACGCGGAAGAAAAUUAGUACCCACACUGUUCGGUGAAAUAAUUUUAAUUAAAUUCAGUGCACGUUCAGGGGAACUGAACACCGCGCGGACACAGGAAUAGCACCACGCCGGGCCGGUUGUACUUUCACAAGCUUUCAAUUAGUUUUUCCACCGUUGGAACGGAUCAUUUUACUGCUGCGAAGCGCACACUUCACCGAUAAAGGACGGUUGUUUGUAACCAUCCUGCGGCCGACACUUGGCGCGAUAUUUCAGCGGGCAAUCGGUACUACAGCUUGAAUUACCGAAAAAAAAGGGUGAGAUAUUAUAUUCCGACGGGAAGAUAACACUUUCGCCGAUUUGAUAUAGCCAAAACGACCACCAUUAACAUGGAUUCGAAAACCACACUGUUCGCCAUCGUUUGUCUGCUGGGAAUGGCGCUGCUGGUGCAGAGUUUUGAUAACGGAACGCGGCACGAUGCGGACGCCAAACCCGGCCGUCGCUACAAGCGCAUGUAUGUGAUGUGUCCUCCAAAGUUCAGUCGCAUCGGGAACGAGUGUUACUACAUCUCGCCGGGCAAACAGAACUGGCUGGAUGCGUACUUCGAGUGUAAGGACCACAACAGCAAGCUGGCGGAGCCGAUGAAGUACGAGGACAAGCAUCUCAGGCGAUAUCUGCAGAAAAUUAACCUGUCAGAAAAUCUCUGGAUCGGCGGCACCUACAACUGGAAGGUGAACAAAUGGCAAUGGGGCCACAAUGGGCGCGACAUCGAGUAUCAAUCGUUCAGCCAGAUGGUUCCUGGGAGCAGCAAGGAUUUGAAAUACAACUGUGCACUGCUACGGUCAGACCUCAAAUUCAGAUGGUCGGCCCAAGAGUGCACGAAUAAGAACAAUUUUAUCUGCCAGCAUCGUAUGCCGCUAGUGUCCGAAAAUGGACGGUACAGUUUGUACGACAAAUGGAACAAAACCUAUCCCGACCAGAAGGCGAACGAGAAGGUGGUGUACAUCAUGGACGAACCGAUCGAUCGAAACCAAAGCAAUAACAGUGUGAAACCGCGCAUCUUCAAUAGCAGGAAGCGGGUGUUGCAAUCGAAUCCCUCGAUUAGACCUCGUCCGGAACACCGGCGCAAGCCUUACCUUAAGAAGAAGCUGCCGGUUCAAGCUGCGGCCGGACCGUACUACAUCCCAUCGGAAGUGGUGGUCGGUCGCAAGCAGCAUCUCGCCCAGUAUGCACCGGACACACCGAACGAUAUCAACACGAUCGAUAACGGACAUCGCAACGGGUACCACCAUUCGGUGUCACAGUUUAACGUUGACUUUACCACGCGCAAUGGCAAGAACCGUUUGGCAAGCCUACCGGGCGGUUACCGACCCGGGUAUGGAACGGCGGCACAUAUGGAGACACGCGGACCGCAUCAACAUCGUCACCAACCGGGACAGCAUAAAACUACCAAGCGGACCCAUUACUUCAUGCCGACACGUCCACCAACUACACCGAGCACCAGCACCGCCCCUGCGACAACGACGACGACGACCUCCACCACCACAACUACCACACCACGACCGCAAACCACCACGAGCUGGCCGAUGCCGACGAAGCGAAUCCAUUACCCGCCGCUAACAACCAACCACAUGCUGAAGCAACACACGGCCCACCCGAUGUCGACGGACGAAAGAAAGCUGAAGCGCGAGCGACUGCGCGAACGGCUCCAGCGGUUAUCGUACGAGGAGCAGCUGCUAUUCUUCCAGGAUCGUGCCAACCGGAAGAAGCUAAAGGAGCAGCAACAGCGCGACCAGCAGCGCGACAAUGAGGUGGUGCAGUAAAGCCGGCCCCUACGCAGAACCGGAGUUCCUACAGCAAAACGGUGCGCGAUCGGUGGGGAGAAGAAGCUGUGAAUCGGUAAGCUUAAAUCCCUUCUCUGAGCGUAGUGGACGUCUUCUACGGUGAAACACCAAAUACGUGAACAACAAACCGAAACGAUCGAUGGGACGCACAAAGCCAACAACCUCAAAUGCAAUCCAACUUAACUUACAUCCAACAAACUUUUAACCUCAAUCCGGUUCCGGGCCCGAGUGCUGUCGAGCAAACAAACAGGAAAAAACAUAUCCAAUACCUUGGAGAAAUUCGUCACUGACUGCACUGGCACAAACGGAAACGGAUUUGACGGUUUGUUUCUUUUAUCGAGCUGCUUCACAGCAUUCUUAUUACAGUGAAAAUGGUAUAGCCACUUUUAGAAAUACAACACAAAGAAAAAAACAAAACCUCAUAAAGAAUUGCGUUCUUCGUACUACUGAUUACCAUGUUACAUAGUAGCAAUCAGAUCAGAUGGAACAGAUUAGUUAGAGCGCGGAGUGGAAAAUGUAACAACACGAGAGAAGAGUAAACAAACAAACAAAAAAACGGUAGUAAACAUACUGUGACACAGUGACAGUAUCUAACACGCUAGUACAUUUAGUACAUUAGGGCUGUACAAGCAAAACAACAAUGUUGAAUAAAUUCGUUCAUCCAAACAAAACAGAACCACUUUUACCACUCUCGCGCAACAACAAAACAAAGAAAAAAAAUCGUCUUUCCGAGCAAUUAUGUAAAACCCUAUACAAUCUCGUUCUAAUGCCAACUGUUAGUAACAGCAAAAAACGUAGCCGUGUAGAGUAUAGUAAGGAAGUAAGUUCGACCAAAACAAGUUAGAAUGAGUAAAUAAAAACACACAUUAAAAGGAGGAUGCACACAUUUGCGCAACAUAACCUCAAAGGGUGAAACAUACGCAAGCAAACGUUUCACACAUUGGCAGAACAAAGUAGUAGAAGAAGCAGAAAAGAGAGGAAAAUUUACAAAGAAAAUGUAUACAGAUUAAAGAAAAACUUUUUCCUUCUUAAAGCAUCAGUACUAACAGAAGUAGUAGAAGCAGAGAAAAGAAAGCAUAACGAGGAGAUAAAAGCAAUCUGCAACAACAACAAAAAACAACAACAUUUACGAUUGAGAAUUGAUAAAACAGAUACAAAAAACAAAUUGAUCGCCGACCAUGUACUCGUCGAUGUAAAGUUAAGACUAACAUUAGCGCUUAGUUCUAAUUGCCAUACUAUUAAUACUAUAUUACUACAUUCAGCCACUAUUAUGAUGAUGAGGAUAACUAUUAUUAUUACCAUCGCUGCUCGUUCCUAUUACUUUCGGGCGAAAGCGGCUGUACGUGAGCGAAUGCAAACCGGCGACACUUAUUUCAUGUCUGGAAGAGUUAAGGCAUACUAAUUGGAAGAAAAACAAAUCAAUCGAACCCGAAACCCGAUCACAGAACGGUGUCCGUUGCUUUCAACAGCAAAGCUAAAACGCCAAAACGCAUAACUAUUUGCUAAAUCUACACAACAACAAACAUAUUUAAAGCGAACAGCAAAUAUAAAGAAACACACUCAUACAAGAGAGCGAAACAAUUCCCGCUUUGUCCGUAGGGAAUAAAUCUAGUUGCGGGCGCGAUGGCGCACGAUGAACUCGUUGAAGAUGAUUUAGAUUCUACACGAUAAGCUACUUGUAUACAGCGGGUGUGGUAAACGAUCACCUGCGAAUUCAAAUGGGAAUGUACCGGUGCAGCGCUGAACGUUAGGGGAGGAUUAGGUAGUAGCUAAAGGGCCACACAUACAACGAUUUCAAAACGAAAAGGUGAUUGCAGUCGGUAGCUGUGGUUCCGAAGGUACACGGCAGAACAAAUGUAUAGGUACACCAUACCACAAUCCUGCAAUUUCCAACGGUGGAGUUAAAUGUCCCAUUUGUAACUGGGCAGAGCGCACAUUUGCAUUGUUUUACAAAGAAAAGCAUACUACUGGUUGAAAUAAAGUAUUACUUGAG